AGGUGUUCGCACGGAUUCCUUGCAGUAACUUUGAUGUUCUAUUUGUUCGGUUUGAUACUUUCCUCUCUGUUGACGACUCAAUACACCGUGUAUUACCUACAGACUCGCAUGUUUCCGAACUCGAGUCUGUCUUCGUCGGACAAUAUGUCCGCUUGCAACGUUAACACGUCGACAAAGGAAUAUCAUGAAAGAACAACAGUACAGAAGACAGCCACACAGAUCGGUAUUUACAGAGCACUGAUAGAAAGUUUACCCGCUCUCAUUACAUCUAGCAUCAUAGGAGGUUUAAGUGAUCGGUAUGGAAGGACACGGAUUCUAAUAUAUACAACCAUUUUAUCUUUUCUAUCGGCAUGUCUUACAAAUAUUUUGAUUUAUCUCGAAAUCAACGUUUACUACCUCCUGUUUAGCAGCGCAGUGUACAGCAUAGGAGGUGGUUUAUAUGGUACAUUAUCUAUUUGUUUCGCCUACAUUUCGGAUGUCACAAGCCCAGGAAAACAGCGAACUCUAAUGAUAGCUUUUCUUGAAGCCUCCAUCGGAUUUGGUGGGGCAGUUUCGGGGUUCGUUUCUGGGUUCAUUAUUGAGAGUUUCGGAUUCUUCUAUGCAAGUAUAUUCGUGUCCGCAUCAGCGUUUAGUUCCGUGUUGGUGAUUGUGUUGUUUCUGCCACCUUUACGCCCUCCUGACAUAUUAAUAUCAAAAACCACAACUCUUGAGAAUGUUCGUGCAUCAUUUAUAUUUUAUUUUGAAACAUCUCCCAAAAGAUAUAAAUAUGUCCUGGCAAUUGUAAGUUUCAUGUUCGGAACGUUUUCGAUUUUAGGCAAGCUAAAUAUAGAAGUUCUGUAUCAGUUGAAUGCACCAUUUUGUUGGAGUUCUUUGAAAGUGGGAUAUUACUCGGCCAUUUCAACUUCCGCCUCGAUGAUUUUAGGAGUAGCUUGUGUUAAAGUGUUGCAGAAAUGGUUCGUUGACGAAGUCAUCGCCAUUUUUGGUGGUAUCUCAGGGAUGGCAGCAAACACUGUCGAAGCAUUUGCCCUCAGUGAUCAAAUCCUCUUUCUGGUUCCGGUCAUUGGUUUUCUAAACAGAUUGGUGUUCCCGAUAAUCAGGGCGAUGCUUUCCAAACUUACACCCCCGGACAGGCAAGGUGCUCUUUUUGCGGGGAUAGCUGUGGUUGAGAUAUUAGCAGGAAUGGCUAGCAGUCUUGGAACAUCGGUAAUCUACAAAGAGACCGUUGAGACGAUGCGGGGCUUGGUUUUCCUCGUUCUUGCGGGCUCCGCUUUCCUGAAUGUAUUUUUCUUAUUGAUUUAUCGUGUCAAAAAUGGCGGAUCGAAAACCUUACCAAUACAAGAUGUGACGAAAAUCAUUACUGAGACUCAGAAAUUGAUUGGGGAUGAAGGAUAA